AUGGCGUACGAGGACGAUCCUUACCGUGAUGAGGACGGAGAGCCUUUGAUGGAUUACGACGAUAUUCAAUCGGACGGAUAUCAAUCCCCUGGAGUUCCUGACGACUUUAUCGACGACGACGUUUCCAGAACUCCCGUCUAUGACGCGGACAAAUCCUCCAAGCCGAGGAAGAGGCUGGUGAAGAAGAGCGACGGCGGUAGAGACAGUUAUGCAGCUCCGCCGGAGCUAGUGGACGAAGACGAGGACGACCAAGGGUACGAUGCGAGGGAAUAUUCGCGGGAUAGGGAAGGCUCGGCGGAAGGGAAGAAGAGGAGGAGAUUGGGAAAGGAGGGGAUAGGGAGCUCUGGCAAGGAGAGGAAGAAGUUGUUCUCCAAAGGGGAGAAGAGGUUUGGGAGUAGCUCUAAAUCUGGAGGAGGGAUGCCGAAGAGGGGAGCUUAUUCUGGGAGGUUAGUUGCUGGAAAGGAUGAUGGUGAGGUCAAGGAAAUGUGGGACACCAUUGCUGGUGGCGAUUCCGAGGAUGAUAAAGAAGGCUUGAGGACUAUGGAUGAUGAUAACUUCAUUGAUGAUACUGGUGUAGAUCCAGCCGAUCGGUAUGGAAGUGAUAAUGAACAACGGUCUCUCGGUGAUGUUCCUCAGGCAGAGGAGGGUGAAGAGGAUGAUGAAGUAAACCAGCUUUUUAAAAUGGGCAAGAAACGGAAGAAGAAUGAGAGAAGCCCUGCAGAGAUUGCAUUGUUAGUGGAGAAUGUCAUGGCGGAGCUUGAAGUCACUGCUGAAGAAGAUGUUAAACUAAAUUUGAGGGGGAAACCUGCUAUUAACAAACUAAAGAAGUUGCCUCUUCUUACUGAUGUUCUCUCUAAGAAGCAGCUUCAGCAAGAAUUCAUAGAUCAUGGAGUUCUGACGCUGCUGAAAAAUUGGCUUGAACCCCUUCCUGAUGGAAGCUUGCCCAACAUAAACAUCCGUGCGGCAGUUCUAAGAAUUCUAACUGAUCUUCCUAUUGAUCUGGAGCAGUAUGAUAGAAGGGAGCAAUUAAAGAAGAGUGGGCUUGGAAAGGUUAUAAUGUUUUUAUCAAAAUCUGAUGAAGAAACCACUUCCAACAGAAAACUGGCCAAGGAUCUGGUUGAUAAAUGGAGUCGACCAAUAUUCAAUAAGAGCACGAGGUUUGAGGACAUGAGAGGUGCUGAAGACGAACGUGCUUACAGAAGGCCACCACCAAGAAGACCAGCGAGCAAUUCUGUUGGGAUGGAAUCUAGAGAUGGUGAUCUUGAUUUGGACAUGGCACGGGGAAGGAAGUCUGGCCAGUCAUCAUCGUCAUCAUCCAGGCAACAACAGCUCACUACCAGGCCAGAAGCAACACCAUUGGAUUUCUUGGUCCGUCCACAGUCCAAGAUAGAUCCUGAAGAAAUUAGAGCACGUGCUAAACAAGCUGUACAAGAUCAACGGAGAAUGAAGAUGAAUAAGAAGUUGCAGCAGCUGAAGGCUCCAAAGAAGAAGAGUUUACAAGCUUCAAAGCUCAGUGUCGAAGGCCGUGGUAUGCUCAAGUACUUGUAA